AUGCACCACCUCGUCCAACCGCACCAAUGGGUAUCUCUGAAGCUGCUUUCGGAAGAUACGAAGGUGCUACAGAUUGUACCUAAUACCACGAUUUCACUGGGCAAACUCGGCUCGUUCCCUAGCAACCUGAUCAUUGAGCGGCCAUUUCACAUCACCUACGAGAUCCAAGAUAGACGGGAUGGCGAGAACUUUAACAGAUUGCGAGUCGUCCCUACGAGCGAGAUCCACGCCGACGCUCUGGCCGACCUGAACGCCCAGAACGCCGAGGAGGAGGGCACCACUCUCGAGAAUGUCAUUGCCGCCCCCGAUGGCGCAGAGUUCGAACUAGUCGACCAGAAAAGCGGCAAUGUCGUUGCCCACUCACGACGCGAGAUUAUCGACGACGCUGCCCGCCAGACCUUGACCGCCGAGGAGAUUGAGCAGCUAAAGCAGGGCAACACAGACGCCGGCAAGGAGAUUAUCGCGAAGCUACUGCUGUCGCACACCGCCAUUGACCAGAAGACAGCCUUCUCCCUCGCCAAGUACAAGUUGCUCAAGACCAAGAAGUACAUUCGACGCUUCAUGAUACAACCGCUUGACCCUCUGACGCUGGGCAAGUGGCUCUUGGAAGAGAAGGAUGCAGGAAAGGUGUUGGAGAUGAGGGAGGAGAUGGUAGGGCUCUUGAACUCCUGGGCCAACGUUCACUUCGGCGGCAUAUCCCCCACGGACAAGCCCGAGACUAUUGGAGGUCGCUGGCUUGUGGUGGAGGAUACUGGAGGACUCGUUACCGCUGCCAUGGCCGAGCGGAUGGGCAUACUAUACCCCAAGGACCCCGAAGACGUCCAAGAAGUGGAGGACGCUACAGAUACAGAGGAGACAAGUACAGAGACUGCAGCACAAGACUCGACAACAAAGCCCGAAGAGGCCACAGCUGAUGCGGCAAUGACAAACAAUGGCGAGACGACAAAGCCGCAACAACCUCGGCGAAGACAUCCGCCCCGUCGCGACGACUUUGAAGCCAUGUUUGCCCCUACCAACACCUUGACGCUAAUCCACCCCAAUAGCCAGCCGAACCUCGCCCUCCUCAAAUACUACAACUUUGACAGCACAAAUCCAAACCCGCCUUACCCGCUUCACCCCCUCGCUACCAACCUAUUGCCCAUUUCAUGGCUGCAGCUUUUGGAGCCCGAGGAGGAUGUCACAUACUCGACACCGCCCCCUGAGGUCUCGGACGAGGAGCUGCACUCAUGGAAGGCUAACCGGCGCGGUAACUACCACCGGAAGCGAAGACGCUGGGCAAGAACCCGCUACAUUGUGGACUCGACGCGCGCUGGUGGGUUUUCCGGUCUCGUCAUCGCCAGCACGAUGGACACGGUGUCCAUCCUCCGUCACACCUUGCCGCUCCUGGCCGGUGGAGCGCCGAUUGCCGUCUACUCGCAAAGCAUCGAGCCGUUGACGGAACUGGCCGAUUGCUUCAGUAUUGCCCGCCGCGCAGGCUGGUCCUCAAAUCCUCCGGCCGAGGCAGCUGGCAAGUCUGUCCAGGAGUUGGAGCGAUGGGAGGGCUCAGACGAUUUUCCCAUCAACCCGACUCUGCUGUUGGGCACCAAUGUCCAGACGAGUCGCGCGAAGCGCUGGCAAGUUCUGCCCGGCCGCACGCACCCCAUGAUGAUGGGGCGGGGCGGGGCGGAUGGCUACGUUUUUACGGGUUGGAAGGCAGUGCCGGCGGAGGGUAAGGUCGAGGCCAGAGGCAAGUUCAAGAGGAGAAAGGUUGAAGCAUGA